GCGACAUGUCAAAACAAAAACACGACGCUGUCGUCUAGAUGAACGUCCACCGCUGUCUUGAUGGACGAGACGGGGAACGCUGAGGCCCAGUCGCCUGCCUUUGAGGCGGGCAGCUCACCUCCCACGCCCACGCAACAGAGUAGCAAUGCCUCGGCCAAGUCGAAGAAAGGGGAGGCGAUUGAGCAGACGGACUUUGCGAAUCCGACCUUGGGUAUAAUACGCAGAUUCUCCCGCCAGCCAUCUAUGAGCUCGUUGGUAUCGCGAGAAGAUACGCCCCCGCCUCUGCCACCGCGACCGGCCCUCAAUCUACUAUCGCGACCCUCGACAUCCCAUUCCACGGCGCCCGCGAGACCCCGACUCCUAUCCAAAGCCACCACACAGCUCUCGGUCGCAAACACCCAGGCCUUUGCUACCGAUACGAAAGAUGUAUCGCCGACCUCGACUGUGGCGAGACCGCAUAACUUUGUAGGCGCAAACGUAGUUUCGCGCAAUAUCAACGAUGUCGAUGACACGGCGAGCGUGGCCAGCUUCGCGCCGACCGAGGCAGCUGGGUACCAGGAGAGCAUACUGGGAGAAGUAAUAGGCCAGGCAGAGAAGUCAGAACAGGAGAAGUCACUACUUAGGACGUUGGGACACAAGUUUGGCGACGCUGAAGCGCAAAGCCUGUUUCCCCCGGAUCCCUACUUUGAAGCUGCUUUCCGUCGCGAGUUCGACGAGAUUGAUGAGAUGGCAAUGGACGGGUCAAACGAAGAAACGGUGAUGCACCAAUGGCGCGCUAAACUCAAGCAUUUCCUCAUCCUCUCGAGCGCCGGCAAGCCUAUAUACAGUCGACAUGGCGACGACCAGCUCAUUACAAAUUACAUCGGCGUGGUGCAAACCAUCAUAUCCUUCUACCAGUCCACUAACGACACCCUGCGAGGCUUCACUGCAGGAGAUGUUCGCUUCGUCGUCAUGUCCAAGGGUCCGCUCAAUCUGGUCGCCAUCACGCGUCUGCCAGAGAGCGACUCACAGCUACGCUCGCAGCUAGAAGCACUCUACAUGCAAAUUCUCUCGACGCUUACUCUCCCUAGCAUGGAGCGCAUGUUCGCAGCAAGAGCGAAUUACGACCUGCGUCGUCCUCUCCAAGGAACUGAAACACUACUAUCAGCUCUCGCCGAUGGCUUCACACGGGGCUCGCCCUCGACACUGUUGUCAGCACUGGAAUGUCUCAAGCUCCGCAAAUCCCAUCGCGCCACCAUCAAUAAUACGCUUCUCAAGACGCGGUCUGAGAACCUCCUCUAUGGCCUAGUCGUGGCGUCAGGCAAGCUUGUCUCCGUCGUCCGGCCCAAGAAACACAGCCUGCACCCAGGUGACCUCCAUCUCAUCUUCAACAUGCUAUUCGAAGCCGGUAGCGUCAAAGCCGGCGGAGGUGAGAAUUGGAUUCCGUUGUGUUUGCCCGGCUUCAACAACACGGGCUAUCUGUACAUGUACGUAAGCUUCCUGAACUUGGAACGCCCUUCGGAGCAGAUGCAAGAACGGCCUCGCACCAGCGAUGGAGCCGACGACGAGGUUGCGGUCCUUCUCAUUAGCGCAGACAAGGAGAGCUUCUUCGAGCUUAGACGGAUGAGAGAUGAUUUGGUUGAGACAUUGGGCGGCACAAAAGACGCGUGGUUCAACAGAUCAAAUUUACUUUGUGCGUAUCAGACAGACGCGGCUGUUGGGGCCGAGCCGUAG